GGGCGUAAAAUCAUCAUCUUUCUAUCACGAAGGGCUGAAGUGGUAUUUAUGUCGUCCGAGCUAUGCACUGCUGAGUCAACUGCCGCACUCCACAUCUGCUAACUAAAGUCGAGGUUAACCCCAACAAGGCAGGUCUGUAAGAGAAAAAUGGCAUCACUUCGUAAAGUACGAAGAACCCAGAUGUCAGGUAUAUAUGUUAUGUGUACAUCGCAUUUCCAGACAUAUUUCAAUUCCCAUUCUGAAUACUAAUUCUCGAGGUUGAAGAAAGUUGCGAUUUGAACGCCAUGCCUCUAGAAAUUCACCCAAUGACCAGCGAAGCCGACUUCGCGGACUUCGCCCGCAUCCAACUCGCAGCCUUCAAAUCCGGCAUAGCCUUCAAAUUGGUGCCCAGGCCUAUAGCCGACGACUACGUCCCCAAGAACGCAGCAAAGCACAAGAAAUCCGUCGAGGAUGAGCCGGAUUUGCGCUUCAUCAAGGUCGUCGACACAGAUCUCGGUGGGAAGAUGAUUGCCGGCGCUAAGUGGCGAAUAAACGAGAAAGAGAGGACAGAGGAGCAAAUACAAAUACAGUUGCCGAACCCAGAGAAGGAUGCGGCAGGACCGGCAGCCAAGGAGUUUCUCGAGUACCUCAGGACAGUGAGGCUGAAGUACAUGGGCACGAAGCCAUUUUACUUCUUGCAUAUCCUUGCUACCGAUCCUGAUCAUGAGCGGCGUGGUGCCGGUGCUCUACUUAUCAAGUGGGGCACAGAGCAGGCGGACAAGGCAAAGUUACCAAGUUUCCUCGAGGCAAGCCGGGAAGGCAAACCGUUAUAUCAGAGGCAAGGAUUCCAACCUGUGUUCGAGCAGACGUUCAACCUGGAGGCCCACGGCGGAGUAGGCACCGAUCAGAAUACUGCCAUGAUUCGAGAACCUCAGCAAUAGGCUGAACAUGUCGAUAGAUGCAAGUCAAGUGAUGAUGUCGACCUCAUAGAUCUUGAUCUAUCUUUAGCUGUGGCGCACUUAGCAGAACCACUCUUUGAGGUUGAUUGUUAGUGGAUAAAGAAUCCAGGGGUUCUCCAAUUUCCACGCGCCAUGGUAGCGUCUUAGAGAGGGACCAAAGUGUGUACAAACUCCAGGAUUGUACUGUACAUCCAUCCCUCGAGGUGUCGAUAUAAUGAAGUAACGCUUGGAGAACAAGAACAUAGACAAGUUUUUCUGCUAUCUAGAUCCGAUUCACUGUAUAUAAUACCGAAUAGUCUGGGAAUGCGUCUCUCUUUUCCUACUAUGCAACAUGCCUACAAAAUAUUACCCCUUUCUACAAAUAAAUCGGUACCAAAUAGUCCAGCGCGCGUACAUACG